GCUCUACCCGUCUUAACCUUGAGCCACCGCUGUCCUCAGUCAGUGGCACAAUAGCUGAUUUUGCCGUCUUCAUUAUAGCCAAGGUAUUGUCUUCUCUAUAUCUUUAUCAACAACUCAGCUGCAUAAAUCUUUAGCUGUACGAUGAUAAUCAGAAAGCAAAUAUCAAACAUUUGUGUUUCUUUUGAAGCACCCUUUAAUACCCAAAAUCUGUUCUUUAUCAAACACUUUUCAGCAAUAACCCCAACCCCAUCUCCAGUUUACUCAGAUACACAAAAAUUGGACACCCAUUUGAGGUCUCUUUGUGAAAAGCCUAAUCCCAAGUAUAACAAUGCAGUUUCACUUUUUAACCAUGUAAUUGAUGAUUUUAGGCAAACCCCAUCCGAGUCAACUUGCAAUUUUCUUGUUGUAACUUUGGCUAAGAGUAAGGAGUACAAUCUUGCUUUAAGGGUGUAUUGUAAAAUGAGAAAAGCCCAAGUCUUGCCCAGGUUUUUAUCAUUAGCUGCUUUAAUUGAAUGUUUUGUUUAUGUUCAUAAGCCUAAAUUAGCAAUUGGUGUAUUGGGGUUGAUGUUGAAGAAUGGUUAUAAGGCUAAUGUUUAUGUUGUUAAUGUUAUAUUGAAGGGUUUAUGUGAAAAUGGUAUGGUUGUUAAUGCUAUUAAGUUUGUUUGGGGUUUGGAUAUGAAAGAGGUAACACCUGAUAUAGUUAGUUUAAACACCCUAAUGAGAGGACUUUGUAGAGAGAAGAAAAUACAAGAGGCUUUGGAUUUGAGGUUUAGUAUGGAGAAGGUGGUGAAUUUUACCCCUAACUCGUAUACGUAUGCCAUUUUGAUGGAGGGUCUUUGUUCGGACGGGAGGUUUGAUGAUGCUAUUGGAUUGUUGGAGGAGAUGAGAGUAAAAGGUUUGAAAGAGGAUGUUGUUGUGUAUAGUACACUCAUAAAUGGGCUUUGUAACAAAGGAUAUGUUAGUAGAGGGAAAGAAUUUUUGAAUGAGAUGUUGGAGAAAGGAAUUUCUCCGAGUGUUGUCACUUAUUCUUGUUUAAUUAAUGGAUUUUGUAAGCAGGGGAAAUUGAAAGAAACUACAAUGUUGUAUGAUGAUAUGUUGGACCGCGGAAUCCAGCCUGACAUUGUUACUUUUACGGGAAUGAUUGGUGGCCUCGGCAAUAAUGGGAUGGCUAAAAAAGCAAUUGAAUUGUUCAAUUUGAUGAUACGUAGGGGUGAGGAGCCUGGAAACAUAACUUACAAUAUUCUUUUAAGUGCACUAUGCAAGGAAGGGUUAUUGGCCGAUGCUUUUGACAUUUUAAAAUUGAUGAUAGAGAAAGGAAAGACACCCGACGUGAUCACUUACAAUACACUAGUAAAAGGACUUUGUAAAAGUGGGAAAUUGGACGAUGCCGUGACACUUUUUGAUUCGAUGUUGGGUGACGAAACUUAUGUUCAGCCGGAUGUUAUAACAAUGAAUGUACUGAUUCGUGGGCUUUGCCAAGAAGGCUCCCUUGAUAAGGCAGGGGAAAUUCAUAACAAGAUGGUUGAGAACAAGUCUUUAGUUGAUAUUGGAACCUUUACUGUACUUAUUGGAGCUUAUAUAAAGGCAGGCAACAUUGUCAAAGCUUUUGAACUUUGGAAGCAGCUAAAUCAAUUGAAUCUUAUUCCAGAUUCAAUAACCCAUAGCACCAUAAUUGAUGGAUUUUGCAAGCUGUGUGCGCUCAACAUUGCAAAAGGUUUGUUUCUCAGAUUUAGAAAGAAGGGAUAUCAUCCAACUGCUUUUGAUUACAACAGCUUGAUGGAUGCCUUAUGCAAAGAGGGUAGCUUGGAGCAAGCAAGGAGGUUGUUUCAAGAGAUGUUAGAUGGAAAUUGUGAACCAGACGUAAUCUCAUACAAUAUUAUCAUUGAUUCAACUCUUGAAGCAGGAAAUUUGCAGUCUGCUAAGGAGUUGCUUAUCGAUAUGUCCCAGAGGGGUUUGAGUCCUGAUGUCUUCACUUUCUCCAUAUUAAUAAACAGGUUUUCGAAGCUUGGACAGAUGGAGGAGGCGAAAAAAUUAUUUGUGAGAAUGAAUGCUUCUGACUUGACACCGGACAUUACUGUGUAUGAUUGUUUACUCAAGGGAUUUAGUUUGAAUGGUGAAACAGAAGAAAUUAUUGAUUUGCUUCGCAAAAUGGCUGCUAAGGGCAUUGAGCUAGACCUCGGACUUACGUCCACCAUCUUGCAAUGUCUUUGUAAUAUUUCUGAAGAUCUUAAUGUGGAGGAACUGUUGCCAAACUUUUCGCAGAAAAAAUCAGAAGGAUUUAGUAUUCCCUGCAGUGAGUUGUUGAUGAAGCUUCAGAAGAGUCUCCCCAAGCUUCAGUUAGAUUCUGCUUUGUAGUACAAUCUCACAUGCUUCUGGCAGUUAUUGAGGGAGCUUUCUUUUCUACAUAGGUGGAAACAUGUCGAGGCCACUCCAUAGAGGUGUGUCUUGUGGGGGGCGGUUAUUGGGUAACAGUCAUGAUUCAUUUGGAUGACUCCCAGGUGAAAUAUAAAACAGAGAAGGAUGAUUUCGACCAUAAUCACUCACCUGGUGAUCAGACUCAUCUUUCUAUGACUGUAACUGUGGACCUAGUUCGAGGCAUACUUGCUUAGUUCUCCCUCCUGCUAAUUACAAAAUUCCAUUUUGUGUGGCCUACUGAAAAAGACGUCAUCUGGCAUGCAAAUAUUAAUAUCACUGCACAGGAGGUGCUCUAUUCUGGAAGUUUAACCAAAAGAGUUGGGUUAUCAUCCGUGAUACGGCUCCACUGAUUGAGUUAUCAAGAGUUCACACAGCACUGUUGAAAUGGAAUGCACGAGUUGUAUAGAUAUUUGAAGUCGCACUAAUUUACCAGAAACCAUUCUCUAAAGACAAUCAAGCUAAAUGUUGGCUUGAUAAGACAUACUUUGCUCGAUCAAUAGUUAAAUUUCGAACAGAAGAAGAAGAAAGGGUUCUGCAACAAGACCAAACACAAUUCCUAUGGUGCCAUAAGGUGUACAUAGGGCCAUGUAAGUACACGAUUUGAAGAACAGGACAAUCAAGAAAAUUAUAGUGCUAUAAGUUUUAUUUGUGUAUUGUUAUUAAGGCAAUUCAAAUUCUGAAUGUAUCUUUUAGACCGAGUCUGGAAUUACAAUGAGAGUUAUGUUUA